UAGUAGAAACUCGCGCCACGCCAGUUCACCCAGAGACCUCACAACAAGUACCCGCGCCGAGCGCUCGCCGAGUGUAAACAAACAGUGUUGUCAGACUUUAAAUUUUCAAAAUGGCCAUCAGCAGACUGUCCAUCCUUAAGUUCUUGGAGCUGGCGCUGACAUGCUCCUGCGUGGGAAUACACGCCGUGAGCUUUAACGGAGACGUGGAAACUGGCAUGCUGGUGACCGGCACCUUCGUCGGGUACCUCAUCGUCAUCGCCGGCGCAGCCGCUGGUUACAUCCUUCAGACCCCGUCCCACAAGCGCGUAGACGUCUUCUACACGCUGAUUGGAGUAGGGCUCUUCAUUGCCAGCGGCGCGAUCCUGAUUGACAGGUUCCACAAUGCCUCCAGGACUGAAUUCGUUAACAAGAACCUGGCGAAGGCUUCUCUGUCCAUCAUCAACGGCGCUGUCCUGCUCUUGGACGCCGUCCUUACUCAACGAGGCGGUUAAGCUGACACUUCCCGCUCUAAGCCAGCAAGGACUACUUUAAUACUUAACAUUUUAACAAUACUUCAAGACAAAUACAAUCCAAAGACUAUAACGAUCUAAAAUUAUCAGAUCUUGAAUUA